UUAACAUUCAUUCACUCAUACUAUUUGAGGAGAGAUUAUCGUUGAACAUUGAUCAAUCAAUAUAAAUACUUUUAUGACCAUAUAGCUUAAAUGCCUAUUAACAAAAGCAUAUCUAAUCUUAUUCAAAAUUCUAAUAGGCCAACCAAUUCUGACUUUAAGCAACAAAAGCUUCCCGCCUGGCAACCAAUAUUAACAGCUAACUCUGUGUUGCCAUGGUUUUUUGUUAUUGGCUGUCUAUUCAUUCCAAUUGGGAUAGGAUUGUUGAUAACUUCUCAAAGUGUUAAUGAGUUUAUAAUAGAAUAUACACAUUGUUUAGCGAAUAAUGGGCAAAAAUGUAGUGAACUCAUUAAAGACCUAACAUCAAAUUUUGCAUACUGUCAUUGCAAGAUAUCAUUUUCUCUAGAUAGGGAUUUCAAGUCAGACGUGUACAUAUAUUACGCGCUCACUAAUUUCUACCAAAAUCACAGGCGUUACGUCAAAUCGAAAGACGAUUAUCAAUUGCAAGGCAAACUGGUCCCUGGCGGCCUCGGAUCCAAUUUCAUCGAUUGCGAACCCUUCGCUUACGUCAACGGCACCGUGCCAAUCGCUCCUUGCGGUGCUAUAGCUAACUCUCUCUUCAACGAUUCCUUCGAACUGUAUUAUCGCAAAAGCGCUGAUUCUAGUAUAAGGGUGGAUUUAUUGCGAACGGGUAUUGCCUGGAGAACCGAUAUCAGGAUCAAAUAUAAAAACCCGCCCGGCCCUUCAUUGCAAGAAGCUUUCAAGGGCACUACCAAACCUCCCAAUUGGAAAAACCCGGUUUGGGAACUCGACCCGACGGAUCCUGAGAACAACGGAUUUAAAAAUCAAGAUUUGAUGGUUUGGAUGAGGACCUCCGCUUUUCCCACUUUCCGCAAAUUGUUUCGGCGGGUAGAUCAUUCCAACGGGGAUAAUCACUUCAGGAGGUCGUUGCCCAAGGGAAACUAUUCGGUCGUCAUCAAAUACGCAUAUCCCGUCACCAUUUUUCACGGCACGAAAAGUAUCAUAAUCUCCAACACAUCAUGGCUCGGCGGCAAAAACGCUUUCUUGGGUAUAGCUUAUAUCGUCACGGGAUCUUUCUGCCUUAUCUUAGGCGCCGUUUUCAUAGUCGUACACAAGAAAUAUGGAAACAAAUUAAAAAUUCUCACGAAAUCGGAAGUGCGCUUAACGGCCGAAUCAUGAAAAGACCUGAAUUUCCCGCUUUAAAAAUGUUUUCAUUUCCUCUCUUCUUCCCUUUUUCUAAAUUUUUAUAUUAAAUUACAUUGUCAAAGUAUUCCCUUAAAAAUAUGCUUUCAUUGGGGUAAACAGAAAAGGAGAAAUUUAGAAAAAUAUAUGCGCACAAAAAUUUCUGAAGUUAUUAUAACGCGAACCCUAGAUCUGUUCAAAUUUUUAUGCGUUUUUUACUUUUUUUUACUUUUCGUUAAUUUUCUAAGAUGUUUUAUAUGGAAAUGUCCAUCACGUCUUACGAUAGAAAGCUAACUAAAAGUAAGCCUCUGGGCAUAGCUUAAAAUAAGUUAUAUUUACUAAUUUUCUCACAUUUGCGCGAGGAUCAAAAGGUAAAAAAAAAUAUUGCCUCGGACUUAGUUUAAAAGUUGUAUCUUUUUUAGGAUAUUCUCACAUUUUGGGCGAUGAAUGACAAAUAUUUAGGACGCCCUAUUUGUAAUAUUUUGUAAAUUAGUCAAUUUUUUUUUGAUUCCAAAAAAAAAGAAAUUAUAUUUAUAAAAAUUAUUUAUAUAAACAAACCUUUAAAUUCGAACGAUAAAUUCAAAAUACAAAAUAAAUAUCUUGUAAUAUUUUCUUUU